CAUCUUUAAUGUUUAGUGAUUACUAUGACACAUCAAUAUUUUAAUUGUAACUGUAACAUGAUAACAUCUGAGAGAUAGUCUGUCACACCAAUGAUAGGCAGUACACAAUAUUGCACAAAGAUGAACGGAACCUUGGUGGUGGUUGUAUGGAUGGUUGUCAUAGCAACCAUCUCUGUUUGUACACAAGGACAUGUGUUGAAGACUGUCAACCAUCAACAGUUAGGAGUUCGACGAGCACCACACAGAGUUAGUCAUCCUUACAAUGCGACUCAUAAGUUAAAUCACUCGAGUUUACACAAUAGUUCUACAUCUCACAGACAUAAAAAAGUAGUGAGAAAAAAGUCAACGUGGAAUGUGAUAGCUAAAUCCCUGACACAAAUGAUCUUGGGUGCUGAUGAUGACUAUGACAGCAGUGAGUACGACUCCAGUGAAGCGAGUGAAAGUAGCGAGCACACCACUCACCCCAGCCGGCCCAAUUGGAGAGCAAUGGCAAGUAGCGCUCUUGCUCAGGUUGGCCUCGGGUUGCUCUCCAAACUCUGGAAACGAACUAAGAACAAAAAGAAACGAUCCGGGAACCAACUGCGUCAACCAUUUAGCAUUACGACUUUCAUACCAAUGGUGGAGGAAGGAGGUGGUAUUGCAGAGAAAGCAGUUGCAGGUGCAGCAACCAAGAAAAAAGUAACAGAAGAGGAAGGCAAAGUUGUUGCAGAAGGGAUUCAGGGGGUGGAGGAGAGGGAGCCAAAAGUAGUGACAAUUGAGGACCAAAUCUACAAAUUGGCUGGGAAACAGAAUUCUCUCCGGAGCUUAGCAGAACUCAAACAAGAAGUGGAGGAUUCUGGUAGAAGGCUGUCAUUUAUUGAAUAUGCGGCAAUUCUGGAAAUUGUAGUUCUGGCUGUGAUUGCCGCUGGAGUGUUUAGAACUGCUUCAUUUCCUGUUCCUGUUCCUGUAUUUGCUAAGGCUUAAAAUUGCAAUGUAUCCAACAGUAGCUUAUUCAGGAUUUGAGUUUGGAGGCUGAACCCACCUCUUAUUUUAAAUAUGACAGACAGAGAGAGUAAAUCGAACUUUUCUUUUUUUAAACUUUAAGUAUAGACUGUUGGAUGUUACAGUUAGAAAAUAUAGAUAUAAUUUUCAAGACAUAGUUAUAGGGAUUUAAUUCAAAGUUUUAUUUACUGCUCCUUGUAAUCUGCUUAUAGUAACGCGCAUAAUAAAAUAUCCUUGUCUAAUAUAUUGAGACGAAAUAAGCUUUUUAACUUUCUCUAACCUUAUAUGAUAUGCUUAUCUGAGAAUUCCAUCUGCUGUAAUAACUACUGCAUCCUCAACUUAAACAUAUGUUAAAUAUCCAAGAAUGGAUAAUGAUACCAGAAUUUAAUUAUUGUAUGAAUAUAUGUUUCUACAAACUUGUAUGAUACAUUUAUAUUAUCAUAAAUAUAUAGAAAUAUUUAUAUUACAAGUGUAAAUUACAAUUUUCUGACAUAGCUUCCAUUGAUUGUGAUUUACAUUGCGAUUCGCUGCACACUUAUCGCAACUAUAAUAUAGUCGAUGUUUGGAAGGCCAGAAAAAAUUCCUGGAAGGUUAGUUAACUAUGAACUUUGGAUCUCAUGAAACCCCAACAUUCUUGUAUUUUGAGGAUGGAGGGGUUGAAUCUCUAUUCUCCCUCCCCUUACUGGCUUUAGCUUUAGGGUUGGAAGGAAGUAACCAAUAUACACUAAUAUAUUUCUCCUAAAUAAAUAUUUUAACUCUACUAUUUGUUUUAAAAUUGAUAAAUAGUAAAUUAAUUGGUAAUGGUAAAAGUAAACUAUUAAUCUAUUGAAUGAUUUCAUUAAUUUUUAAGAUUUUUUGGCCUCCCACCUCUUCUGAAUAAGCUGCUUGUAUAUCAAAUGAAACAUUCAAAUGUAUUUGAGAAUUUUUGUAGUUAUUUAAGCUUAUACCUGUUUUAAUAAACACACAUCUUAUAAUAUAAUGAUGAAAACUGUUAUUCUAUAAUUAUUCAUAUAAAGAAGAAUGAAUAAUAACAACUAAUACUAUCACAUACUAUAGUAUUUUAGUCAAGCUAGAUCUCAUAUUUAAAUGUAUUGCUGUUUUGUUUGUGAAAAUUGUAUUUUGUAUGAAAAUAAUUUCACUUUCUUUCCAUGUG